UAUUGGGAGAAUGAUUCAAAUACCUUAUGUUGGUGUGAGAAAUGUUUAAAUAAAUCGGAAGAGAAAUUCUUAGAGUAUAAAGAAAAUAUAGAAAUAUUAGAAUGUCUAGUCAAAGAUUUGGAUGAAGAGUUGGGAAUAAUUAAAGAUGAUAAUAGUAUUGAAAAGCUAAAAUAUGAACAACAGAUAAAGGUAAAAGAAUUGUUAGAUAAAAAUGAAAAUUUAUUUGCAGAAGAGCUAACUCAAUUAGGUAGAACAGUAGAACAAAAAUAG